UCAGCUGCUCGUGCUCUGCCGGUAGCGCACACCUCCUGUACUAAAGCAGCAGCUCUCAGAGAUGUUGACAGUUCUGAGACUGAUCUGUCAAAUGAUCUGGAAGCUCACAGCGCUGCGCUUCAGAUCCUCAGAGGGAGAUGGGGUUUGAGCUGGAGCUCUUCGAGAGCCCCGUGGACCCGGAGUUUCUCUGUAAGCUUUGCGGGAAAGUUCUGGAGGAGCCGCUCACCACUCCGUGCGGACACGUGUUCUGCGCGGGCUGCGUGAUUCCGUGGGUCGCCAAGUGGAGCAGCUGCCCCGCCAAGUGCCGCCGGAUCUCCGCCGCCGAGCUGAACCGCGUCCUCGCGCUGAAAAACCUCGUCCUGAAACUGGCCGUCAGGUGCCACAACCGGCCGCUCGGCUGCAGCAGAGUGCUGGAGCUCCGGCAUCUCGCGGAGCACGCGGCGGCGUGCGGCUUCUCGCCGGUAACCCGGGAGAUAAAGCUGGGCGUGAGAAGCACGGAGCUGCGCGGAUUAACCGUCGACAUCCGGGGAAUGUCGGAGGUGCGGGGAGAGAGGGACGCGCGGCGGCGCGCGGAGGGCUCGUGUGCCCGCGAGAAGCGGCUGCAGCUCGCGCAGCUGCACCGCCAGCUCCAGUCGGCGGCGCUGAGGAACCGGCAGCAGGACUUCGAGGAGCUCCGGAGGAACAGCAGCGGCUGGAGGAGGUGGAGCCCUGUGAACACGGGAGAAGAAACAAGAAGACAUACAGUUACUCUACACAGAGGUUCCGGGCCAUUUGGCUUCAAUAUUAUCGGUGGAAGAUCUUGUGAGGGAUUGAAAGCCAGUGGCGAUUUCAGUGAUGGGAUUUAUGUGUCCAAGAUAGUGGAAAACGGAGCAGCAGACAGAGCAGGCCUGCAGAUACACGAUAGGAUCAUAAAGGUAAACAACAGGGAACUGUCCUUGGCUACGCAUGACGAUGCAGUAGAAGCUUUCCUUAUGGCCAGAGACCCCAUUGAGGUCGAGGUCCUACGCAGGGUUGCCCCCACUAAAACUUCCAGCGCUCUAAUCCCGGACACCAGAGGAGUGGACACCACUACCCAAACAGAAAUAAGUCUGGAACAUGUAGAGGCAGUGACGAAGCUAACCUCUCCUCCUACACCUGUAGGCAUGUCAGUGAUGGACAAACACAAAUACCAGCCCACUGAGAGUGAAAUGCUAAGCUAUAGUUCAUUAUAUCCCACUGGCUUCUUUGAGGACAUGCCAAAAUACCCUGAGAGAGGAGAACUAGAGUAUGAGGAGGUGGAUCUGCAGAAAAGGAGCACUCAAGACAAGCUUGGUCUGACAUUGUGCUACAAGACUGAUGAGGAGGAGGAGACUGGUAUUUAUGUGAGCGAGAUUGAUCCAGGGAGCAUUGCAGCACAGGAUGGCAGGGUGAGAGAAGGCGACCAGAUUAUUCAGAUCAAUGGGGUGGAUAUACAGAACCAUGAAGAGGCAGUGGCUGUGCUGUCUAAAGGAAAUUGCAGGAAUGUGCGUCUCCUUUUGGCUCGACCUGAAAUCCAGGAUGAUGGCUGGUUAGAGGAGGAUGAACACAGCUUCCUGGAAGACUUGGAAAUGGGUACCCUGGAGAAGCAGCACUGCCAAUCUGUGCACUUCACUGCCAGCAUGCUUCACCAGAGAGAACGCGAAGAAGAUGAGGGCACUACAGAUACAGCCACGGUUCUCUCUAACCCUCACGAGAAAGACAGCGGCGUAGGUCGCACUGACGAGAGCACCCGCAACGAUGAGAGCUCGGAACAAGAGAACCUUGGAGAUGACCACACCUCGACCUCUGACACUCUUCUCAGCAGCGGCAAGAGGCUCAGCUACAGUCAGGACGUUCCGGGCGGUGAACCCAUGCACUUCAGCAGCGAGUCCUUCCUCUCUGCUGAUGGUGGAGAGUUCUCCAGCAUACCUGAAGUGGAGUGUGAGCGCUUUCGUGAGCUGCUCGAGCUGAAGUGCUUGGUGAAUGAAACCAGUCCCGACGUGAUGUUGGGGGAAAGCGCCAGGUCAUUCGGGAAAAGGAUUAGCUUGGAUUGUGAUGAGCAGGAGAUUGAGAUGCUCAAUGAGGAGCUGAGGAAAAUCGAGCUGGAGUGUUUGAGCAUCAUACGCUCGCACCGGUUGCAGCAGGAGAUCCAAAGACAGCAAGCAAACAGGGAUUCUAGAGAACUUCAGAGUGGUACUGAUAAAACCAGCACAGGUAAAGGUCAGAAAGUGUAUAACAUUACAACUGAUAUACUUGAGCAGAUGGACAAAGACAGCUCCAGUGCCUACAACACUGGAGAGAGCUGUCGCAGUUCCUCUCUCACUCUUGAGCUUUCUUCUUCAGGAACGCAGGAUGGUGUUAAAGAUGCCUACACAAACAGACAGAAACCUACCAUGGAAUCUACCAUGCUUUCCCCUAUUCAGGAGACCAGUCCAACCAGGAAUCUGUCCAGUUUCACAGAGUUUGAAGCAACCAAAGAGGGGAAAGGAAAGGAGCAAGGAAAGGAUUUUGUAGCUUCUCCAGUUUCCCCAUCUAAACAUAUUGGCAAACAUAUUGCCAAUAUUCCAGCGCAUGCCCAGCACUACCAGAGCUACAUGCAACUGGUCCAGCAGAAGUCGGCCGUGGAGUUCUGCCAGAGCGAAGUGAGUUUGGUCAGCCUGUGUCAGAACCCUCAGAUCUCUUCCUUUGACAAGCCUAAAAUGGAGUGGAAGGUGAAAAUCCGAAGUGACGGAACGCGCUACAUCACCAAGCGCCCCGCCAAAGAACAGCUGCUGAGGGAAAGAGCCCUCCGCAUACGAGAAGAACGCCGUGGGAUGACCACUGACGACGAUACCGUAAGUGAGCUGAAGAUGGGACGCUACUGGAGCAAGGAGGAACGCAAGCAACACGCCAUACGUGCCAAAGAGCAGCGUCAACGCAGGGAGUUCAUGAAGCAGAGCCGCAUGGCCUACGCAAACGAGCAGGAAGGACGAGCCGAUGAUAUCGUGCAGCUGAGCCACAAGAAGAUGAUGAAGAAGAGGAAUAAGAAGAUCCUGGACAGCUGGAUGACCAUUCAGGAGCUGUUGACGCAUGGUGCAAAGUCACCAGACGGAACACAACUGCAAAACCCUCUACUCUCUGUAACCACAGUAUAAGAGCUGGACAGUGUAUUAGUUAUUAAUGCAAUACCUGGCAAUACUUUGCAGAGAGGGCAAUACAUUUGGCAAUACGUUUGAAAUGAGACUGCUGACUGAACAAAGGGACGAUUAUAAAGGCAGCUACAGGUAUUAUCAUCAGUAUCAUCAACUUUUAGAACUUUCUGGUACUUCUUUGUUCUCCAGUUUUCACUGAAAUGCAAUCCAAGUUUGACCAAAUGAGUUUUUUACCUUUAUGUGCUAACAGCAUUCUGCAACAUCAAAACUUUUGAAAAGGUUGAGAAUGGUGGACAAUAUUGUGCCUGAUUUCUCUUUUUUUGUUCGUGUACAUAAUUCAUGUAUGUUAUUUUUAUGUGUAUAAAAUUUAAUGAAAAGUCCAAUGAAAUCUGAACACGGUUCAGUCAUUUAAAAACACAAGUUGAGGUAAGGUGUAAACAGGCUCUACACUCAGGCACUGAGUACAAGUGUGAAUGGGGCGUAAUGUGUCUUAAUGUGAAUUCUAAAUCAUCAUAUAUUUGGUAUAUUUUCACUUGGUCAGUUUAUGAAUCUUGAGUAUUAGGAAUAUACCUUGAAAAGACCAGUUCACACAGAAAAUGCGUAAAAAAAAGUGUUAACUCACCAAAAAUGCAUUUAAAACAUAAAUACAAAUAUAAUAUAGAUACAUAUCUAAUCAGUCAAACCACUUUGUGUUACAGUACUGUAAAAAAAAAAAACACCAAUCAUAUUUGCUGCAGAGUGAGCAGAUUUGCAUAUUCCACCCCAUACAGCAAUUAGAUUACAGUCUGACUAACUGGACUAAUAUGUAACUACCAGGUGUAAAUGCAUGUGGCUAAAAUCGUAUUAGGAUUCAAUCCAGAUACAAUUCACAUGAAGUGACCAGGUGUAAACAGGGUCUCAUUAUGUCCUCAACAUUAACAUAUAAGUCCAUACACACAUAUCAACCAAUCAUUGUCACAGCAUGCAACAAAUGUCACACAAGCAAAACCUGUUCUGGCACUGUGAAAUUCAAUGUGUGAGGUUUGGUGUUCAUAAAAUCUAAAUGUAUAUGAAUACAUUGUUUUUAUCAUUUCUGUUUUACCCUGUUUAUUGAUGAGUUGAGCUAGCAGACCAAAGCACAGAACAUGGCCAGUUCUUCUCUUCCUCUUCCAGUGGAAAUUAAGUAAAAAAGAAAACUAAGAAAGUGAGAAGUAGGGCUGGACAAUAUGACAGACUCAUAUCGCAAUACGUUUCAGAGAAAUUUGGUAUGUUAUAAGUUAUAUAAGACCAGUUGGUACUUUUGGCAGUGUGGGCGGUGUGCCAAUUCCUGCUGGAAAAUGAAAUCCACAUCUUCAUUAAAAAGAUGUCAGCAGAGGAAAACAUUAAUUGCUGUAAGAUUUUCUGGUAGAAGAUUAAACUUUGAACCAAUAUAACACAGUGGACCAACACCAGCAGAUGAUCUGGAUCUCAAAACCAUCACUGAUCAGUAAAUUUUACAUUUCAUUUGGAAAUUAAGGGAGCAGAAGUUUCCACCAAUCAGUGAUGGUUUGGAGAGACAUGUCUGUCAUCUGCUGGUGUUGAUCCACUGUGUUAUAUCAAGUACAAAGUCAGUGCAGUGUUUUCCCGGAAAAUCUUACAGCACUUCAUGCUUCCCUCUGCUGAUAACUUUUAUUGAGAUGUGGAUUUCAUUUUCCAGCAGGACUUGGCAAACUGCCUACAGUGCCAAAAGUACCAAUUGCUCUUUAAUAAUAUUACAAUUUUCAAAAUAUCUUUGGUUUUUCAUUGGUUAUAAGACAUAAUCAUCAACAAUAAAAUAAAUAAAUGCUUAAAAUAGAUCACUCUGUGUGUAAUUCUGAACUGAAUUACUAAAAUAAAGUAAUUUUUCAAUGACAUUCUCAUUUUUUGA